UAAACAUGCCUUGCAUUCAAAAUAGCUCUGUCCUUAUUGUCCUCUCAGUCUCUCUCUGCAGCUCUUCUUACCUUGACAUUCUCAAGGCCCGGAUUUGUUCGGUCUAAUUUCAGGAUGAAGUCAAUAGCCAGGACAUUGUUUCUGUGCUUGGCCUUGACAGUAGCCAAAUGCUUUGAAGGGACACCACAAGAAAACACCGUUCAUCCAGUGGUCCCGCCAGAGGAAGGCUCUUCUGAUUGGGGAAUAGGGGCCAUCCGGGAUGGCUUCGAAGCAGUGAAUAGUUAUUUCGAUUCCUUCUUGGAGCUGCUAGGAGGAAAAAAUGGAGUCUGCCAAUAUCGGUGUAGAUACGGAAAGGCACCAAUGCCCAGACCUGAUUACAAAGCUCCAGAGCCCAAUGGUUGCAGUUCCUAUUUCCUGGGUCUCAAGGUACCCGAAAGUCUGGAUCUGGGCAUCCCAGCCAUGACCAAAUGCUGCAAUCAGCUGGAUGUCUGUUACGACACUUGCGGUGCCAAUAAAUAUCGCUGCGAUGCCAAGUUCCGCUGGUGUCUGCAUGCCAUUUGCUCUGACCUCAAGCGCAGCCUUGGCUUCGUCUCCAAAGUGGAAGCGUGUGAGUCAGUAGCUGAUACAGUAUUCAACACUGUCUGGACUCUGGGCUGCCGCCCCUUCAUGAACAGCCAGAGAAGUGCCUGCAUUUGUAAUGAGGAGGAACGAGAAGAAUUGUGAAAUGAGUCCCCUAAGUUGCCUGGCAUUGAUGGCACUGGCUUCAUGUGUCUCUUGCUCUGAAGAGCCUGAACAUGGGCAAAUUUGAUAAACACAUGGUUAGGGAUGCAGAUCACUGCAGCCAGCAAAUGCAUUAAUUGCAUUUUGUAGGGCAGGAUUGAUUGAGAAAAGGAUGCUGAGCUGGAUGCUACUGUGGGCUGAUAGGUAUUUCAGUGCUGUCUGAUAACUUCCAUCUCCUCCCCAGCGCAUAUAGACUUCAUGGCAGCCCUCUAUGAAAAGGGCUCUAUGAAAAGGGUAAACAUUUCAAAUAUGAGAAUGGAUAAAGAGACCACAGUGUGACCAGAGACAAUUUCUGUAGCAAAUAUGUGUGCAUCAGACCUCCUACCAUCACAAGACAAUAAUGCCACUACAGCUUUUCAAGAGGUGCCAACCAAACCACUCAUGUUUUCCUUACUUCUUCUAACCCUGCACUACAAGAGAAAAAUGGUAUUAUCAGCCCUGGAUCACAGAUGCUCAGGAGCCCAUUGGCUGAGGGAGUUCACCUGGGCAAAAAGAGGGAAAGAACAAAAGUACCAUAAUCCAUGUUGGUUUUCGGAAUUGCCAUUCACUUUAUUCCCAUGAAGGUCUUACUCCACUAUAAAAGAGACAACAGAUAUAUCAGCUAAGAAAGAGGGAGGAAAAGAAACAAAUGGGAAAUGGAGGGGAAGAAAAGUUUGUAAUGCAGGUGGCCGUAAAAACUACUUUUAUUAAAUAACAUAUAUAAUUCAAAACAA